GUACAAAAGAGAAAAUUUAAAACACCAGAAAAGUAAAUAUAUGUUAACAAAAAAUUAAAUUAAUAGUUCAUAUUAUAUUCGUAAUAACGAUUACUAAUCUGAUUUUUAACUUUUUUGAAACAUAUAUAAAAUCGGUGUUUUUUUAAAUUUGUUUAUACAUAUAUAUAAUAGUUUGAUUUACUUCAUACAACCCUGUAAUUGUUAUAUGUCUGAAUCAUCAAGUCAAAAACACGAUUUACCUCGACCAAUCAGAAAACACCAAGUCAGUAAAUGUUAACAAAUGCGUAAAAAAACUACAAGUGCAAAGAUUACUAAUCACCAGUUCAAAUUGAACACGACAGCGAUUUAGUUAAAGGCGAACAUUUUUAUAGAUACAAUAACGGAGUCAUGUAAAGUGCAGAAGAAAUAGUAAAAACUUUAGAAAUGCAGCAGAACCUAACUCAACAUAAACGUAAAAACAAAUUGGAUAAAAGUAAUUGCUAAAGACACGUCAGUCUUAAAUAAUAAUCGAAAGUGUAAACAUGAAAUAGAGAAAAGGAAUUACAAUUUAAAGUCGAAGAAGCUGUAAUGCCUGAAUAGAAAAUCACAAUACUUCGGAUAAGAUCAUACAGAAAAAUUUAUUUGAUUGAGAACUCUUUAAACCUUUAAGUUGAACGGACUCAAACCGAAUACACUAUGGCAACAGCACCAGCCGUUUUUAUAACUGUGCCCAAGUACGUGGCUAUAACACACACUCCAACCAUGACAUUGCCGAAGAUUAGGCCAGCACCAACGACCACGUCAUCACAAGGAACAAUUAAUGCAAAUGCAGUGGUUGAGGAUGGUGCUUCAGCGCCUAGGGGCAAGAAGCGACGCCUUGACCACCUAUCUUGGGAAGAGAAAAUACAAAGAAAAAAAUUAAAGAAUCGUGUAGCCGCACAAACAUCACGCGACCGAAAAAAAGCACGCAUGGAAGACAUGGAACAUGAAAUCGAUGAACUGACACAAAAGACAGAAAUUUUACAAAAUAAAUGUGAAAGCUUACAAGCAAUCAAUGAAUCACUUCUUGAAAAAAAUCGCAAAUUGGAUAUGGAAGUGGAACUCCUACGUCAAAAACUCAACGAAGUGCAACAACAACAAAAGAAACAACAAGAGCAAUUCGCCAGAAAUAUCGCCAAAUUGAAGGCUAAAACAAUAGUUGAAUCUUGUGCCGGCUGUGAGUCACCCUCUGCAGCAGGGAUCAACACAAAUGGACUCUCAGCCGACAGAAGAACAACUGAAAAAGAGCAACUCAGUGGCGUCACUAUGGAGGAUUAUUGCACUUUGCCUACUCUUCAAGAUAUGCUCCUCGUCGACGAAGAAUUCGAUGCCAGUAAAUUGGAAGAGCUUGCCGAAAGCCUCUUGGCCGAUAUCGCAGCAGACAUGGAAGCUGGUAAUGGAGCGAGCAAUGAAAAUGUUGCCAAAGUUGCAAGCAACGCAGAGCGAUUGUCUGGAUCAGUGGUGGGGCCCAAAACAGAGUGCUUGGAAUCCAGCCAACAUACAAACACACAAAGUGUCAGCUUAAGUGAUACAAAAUGGACAUCAUCCACAAAAAAUGAUACAAAACGAUUACAAAAUAAAUCAACUACAGCGAUAGAUGAUGAAUUAAAAACUAUGCCAAACAGUAAUCCUACAAUUGAAUCAUCAGCAACAACAACAACAAUGCCUACAAUAACUACUGACAAGGAAAUAUUUAGAAUACAACAAGCAACUGAUAUCCAUUCAAUACCGCCGGAUACAGUGUACGGUACAUACGAUGCCAAAACCAAUUCAAUAACAAUUGUAAUGGAUGAUGAUGCAGUGCCAGUAAAUGAGGCCGUCGAAGAAAUAUAUUGUGAUGGUGUAACACCGCAAAUGGGUGACGAAAUUAAAUAUCCCACACCCGCGACUACACCCUCACAAGUUUUUCUCAAUGUGGUCGAUGAUUCGGACGAUGACUUCAACUUCGACCCAAUAGAGAGAUUUCUGCGACCUAAACGCCCGUUAGCGAAAUCACCUGCACCAUCACUACAUUCAACCGCCUCGGAUCAUGGUUAUGAAUCGAUUAUUGGUUCACCAACAUCGACAGCGACAGAACAGUUCGACGCGAGUAUUGAAGAUUUCGGCUGGCAGGGUAGUUUUAACGAUUUGUUUCCCAGUUUGAUCUAAGUAGCACUAUAUACUACCUAUAUGUAUGUUAUAUUCUCAAUAUUUCUUAUGUAGAUGCUGUAAUUGGCAAUAGUUGUAGGUGUAAUGUUAGGCUUAGUAUUUAAUUUGUGUAGUAUGUUAAUAUUGCUAAUUUAAUUGGGUACGUUAUUGACAAACUGAGUCGGCAGAGCCGUCAAGUGGCUACUGCGUUAAAUAAGAUUUUAUAUAUUAUAUAUUUAAACUUGAAAAUGCUCAAAUCACUAAGCACUGGAAAAAGUUAAAUUUAAUUGUACUCUAUUUUUUAUAUUUUGUAAAUUAUACUAUUUAUCGCUGUAUGUAUUUGAAAAAUAAAUUUAGUGGUUGUUUUAUAGUCAUUAAAUGCAACUUGAAAAUGGAUGGAGCCCAUUUGAAAAAAAAACUUACAAAUAAAAUAUUCAAACACCAA